AUGCAAAUGCAAGUCGUGAAUUGUGAGAUGGUUGUUUAUGUAUAUGAAGAAUGUGAAGAGAGUUUAUACUUUGAUGAAUUUUGCCUCUAUUUGUUCGAUGGAUUAAAUCCAAGGAGAUAUUAUUGCUCUCUCCUUAAAAGGUAUUUAUUUAAUAUGGUCCACUUCGAAGAUUACGAAGUUAUUAUUAUAUUCAAAUUGGAUGCUCCAAAGAGUACUAUAUAUGCAACACCUAUAUUUGAAAGCUUUUUUAGCAAGCAUUUUGAUUUAAAUGCAGAAUGCCUUUUAGACUUUGGUGUUACUAUAACUGGUAAUGCUUGUGUAAUGCUUUGGAGUAAAAGAGUUACACAAUUUGAUGAGGCAUUUUAUAAAAAUCUAUUACAAAAAUUGAAACCACUUUUUCCAUUUUCUUUCAAGUCAUCAGCAAAUACUCCAGUUCCUUUAAGCUAUGAUUGGUAUUGUACUAUUCCUACACAAGAGAAUGAUUUAGGUUCAAGUUCUGUUAAUGAAUUGGGCUUUAAAAGGCAGAGAUGUGUACAACCAAAUUUUAUCAUAAACUAUGAUAAGCAAUUUCAAAAUAAAUCUCAGUUGCAAUUAAGUUUACAUUUCAAUGUAACAGAUACUAGUCGAUCUGAAAAAUUAAAAAUUAUUAAAUCUGCCAAAGCAAAGAGUCAAAAAUCACACUUAAGAGUAAAUGUGUUUAACAAUACAGAAUUUUGUGAUGAUCCAUUUGUUGCUGUAUUUAAAUUGAAUCAAAUAAAACCAAUU